AGCCCACCUGGUGGGAGCAGCAGCUUCUGUCUCUUGCCCUCCUCGGGAGGACUUGGUGAUACCAUGGUGGUGCUACACAGCACUGACAAGGGGAAUAAUGGGGUAGGUGUGCCGCUGGAGCCCUUCCUGCACCAGGUCGGUGGCCACCUGAGUAUGCUGCAGUAUGACGCGUACACAGUGUGCAAGCCCCUCAUCUCCCAAGAACAGAAGUUCUACGAGUCCCUGCCACUGGCUAUGAGAUGCUUCACUCCACAAUACAAAGGUACCAUCACAGUGCACCUCAGGAGAGACAGCAGAGGCCAUCUUGGCCUGGUUGCCAACCCACUGAAGGAGAACUUGGAGCCUCUCCAGGUCUCCCCAGAUUCCAGAGCGGUAGCCAUCUGGCAGACACUUCAGCAUACUGCCAGCAGUGAUAGCAGCCCCCGUCCCCUGGCCCAGCUGGCACACUCACUCAAGGAAAGCACAGCCCAGGUGCUUCUGAGCUCUGAUGGCCACCUCAGCGCCCAGGCAUCAGCAUUGUUGCAAAGUGCAGAUGGGAGCCCAGGGGAAAGAAGGGGCUUUAACCCAUGGGGCCUGCACUGUCACCAAGCCCACCUGACCCGCCUGUGCUCUGAGUACCCAGAGGAUAAACGGCACCCAUUUUUGCUCUUGGAAAAUGUGGUGUCACAAUACAAGCAACCCUGUAUCUUGGAUCUGAAGAUGGGGACCCGGCAGCAUGGGGAUGAUGCAUCGGAGGAGAAGAAAGCCCGUCACAUGAAGAAAUGUGCGCAGAGUACUUCAGCCUGCCUGGGCGUGCGCAUCUGUGGCAUGCAGGUUUACCAAACUGCUAAGAAGAGCUUUCUCUGCAAAGAUAAGUACUAUGGAAGAAAGCUCUCAGAGGAGGGGUUCAGGCAAGCCCUUUCUCAAUUCCUCCAUGAUGGAACACGGCUACGCUCGGAGCUCUUGGAGCCCAUCCUUCGCAAGCUGCAGGCACUGCUUUCAGUCAUCAGGAGCCAGAGUUCUUACCGUUUCUACUCCAGUUCCCUCCUCAUAAUCUAUGAUGGGCAGGAGCUUCCUCAGGAUGCUCCUGAGACUGCCCAAGGCACUACUUCUGGUGACCCUGCCAAAGUUGAUGUCCGAAUGAUUGACUUUGCUCACACGACAUAUAAGGGUUCCCGGAACGGGCACACCACUCACGAGGGACCAGAUCCUGGAUAUAUUUUUGGCCUGGAAAACCUCAUUGGGAUUCUGCAGGACAUCCAAGAGGGAGACCGAAUGUUUGAGGAACUUUCUGGGCUAUAGAUUUUGCAAACGGACCCGAGCUAGAGCAGCCUAGAUCCCCUGUAGGUGUCUUUGUAAUAACCGUAUCUACCUUCAAAAGUCAUCCCUAUACAGGUGACAUUGACAGUUGCUACAGAAAUCUGCUCUGCAGGCAUCCACCCCCCACCAGGCAUCUUCAGCAGUGAGGGCCUCUUGGAACAGACAGUGCUAGUGGCACCAUUGUCGCAUGCACAGGAGGGUGUAGCCUGGGUCAGAGGCCAGCACUGCAGUGCUGCAGGGUGCCUGCAUUCCAGAAUGCUUUUCUGUGUCAUGCUGCAGUCCCCAGCAGCCAUGAGGGAGAGAGGAAAAGUCUCCUGAAGAAGCCUUGAGGAAUACCCUGCUUGUGUGGAUCAGCUAUGUGGGCAGACAUAGCUAACGCUUCCCACCUCCUAUGGACUUAUAGGUGGGACAGGAGUAAGGGAACUCUUUUGUCCAUCUUGCCUGCCUUGUACUCAGGUUCUAAAUGAACAAGAGCACUGGCUGGGGUGUGGUGGGGUUAGCUCAGUAGGAGAGCUUGUGCAUCACAUGCAUGAGGCCCAGCGUCACAAAAUAAGAAUAACAGUAAUAAUGAAUGAGUGGACAAGAAUAGGCCCAGGCAGACCCCGAUACCCUCCUCAGCAUGUGAGGGGAGGUGCCCCCACAGACUUUGGAGGGGGUAUUGGAAGUAGCAAGUCUGCCACACUGUGACCAGAUGACCCUGACCUCGAAAUGCAGCUCCCAGUGGAGGAGGACUGCACCAACACAGGAGCCAAUAGCAUUCGGCUGCAUUCUCCAUUUCUAUGUAUUUAUUUUGGGUGUGGGUAGGGGGAGUUGGAAGCAGAGAACCUCGAAGAGCU